CGCUCUUCACAAUAACAAACUAAGUACACACACGUGUCAACAGAAGGAACAUAGUAAGAGUUCUCUCUGUGCAUGCUGACUUGUCCUUUUUGCUUUCUCUCUCUUGUGCGUAUAGGAAAGCAAGAAAGUCCAAAAGCAUGGAGAAGCAUGUGACAUCGACGUAGCAAAACAGAAGAAUACCAAUAUGUCACAACGCAUAUCAAAACAUUUGUCCAAGGAAACAAACCCCCCGCAUGUUCCUUUUGUGAUCGGAGCAAAUAUACUCACAAUCAAUCAAGUCAAAGCGAGAUCACGUGGUCCAGCGCACGAAUUUAAGCCAGAUUUUUGCGCGCAUCAUUAGCACAGUCUCUGAGGAAUUCUCUGAGGAAGUCUCUCUCUCCCCUGAGUCUGAAGUAUCUUCUCUGAGGAUGUCUCUGAGGACAGUUUUCUUUAUGAAGAACACUUUAGUUGGAAGAGGUGAUUGAAAUAGUCAUCGAAUCUCGUACUCGUAGAAUAAUUAAGUAAUUUUAUAGAAUAUUUCUAGGUUAUACAGAAUUAUAAUAAUUACGGAUUAUUGUAAACAACAACGGAUUACUGUGAAACUAAAGGAACUGGUUCUUUUUGGCGACUGUAACGUUAUCAUAUAACGUCGUGCAGUUGCGCCGCGUCAUUCGUUAUGAGUCGGCAUAAUAUCCCCAUCGACACCUACCCGCCUGCGUACGCUCUGAUCAAAAAGUUACUCAUGGUCUACCGCUUCUACGGCUGUUGCUUCAUAGCGGGUCUCCAUAGAGAUGGUACAGCGCAUCUUAAACCAAGAAGGCUUACCUGCUACAUCUUAUACACCAUUCUGAACAUUGGAAUCGUCAUUGCAGGCACGCCUACGAUGGUCAACAGCUAUUGGUCGUCCGGAAAGCUCACUUACAAAGUGUUCGCUUUGGUAAGCGUAUGGUAUGUGGUGCAAGCCCUCUCAACCGUUAUCGCGAUGCUGGUGCACGCUGAGAAGCUGGUGGAACUGGUGAAAGUGUGCGCCCGUUAUGAAUCGCGACACCCGCCGUCCGCGUCCCUUAGACGCCGCUCCAAGUGGGUCUUGGUGCUUGUGCUUUCGUACUUCACGUUCGACAUCUCAUUGCAGAAUACACCAAGGGUGAUGAGAAUCGUUUCCGCGAAGGAUUUAGACACGGUUCUGUACAAUGCUUACAUGCUAACCGUCACGGUGAUCGUAACACCGUGGGGCACGAUGUUUGACGCCGGACUGGUGUGUUGGUCAUACCUCCUGGCGGGAUACAUGCGUGACGCCGUGGCGAGGCUCUCUGGCGGACAAACAGAGGACUUCCACUUGCUUGGGUCACAGAGGACCCCUUCAGCGACAAAGCGACUGCGUGCCUUUCGUUCGGAGAUGUCGUUCCUGAAGUACAUGCUCACUACAGCAAACGAUAUGCUUCAAGUCGGUCUCACCAUGUCGUUUGGCUGCUCCUUGGUGCGAAUGUUCGUUGGCGUCUACUACGCUGUGACUGGCGAACUGCCUCUCUACCUUAACGUCCUCAACACCAUCCACGUCGCUAUGGUAACAGGAAAGGUUACUACGGUUACCCUGUUCGCAGAAAAGAUCGUAAAAGAGCCCCUGUGA